AUGUUGCCAACAACAACUGCCUCCGAAGAAGAGGAAGACUGUCUUGACAGUGGUAGUCAUCAUCAUCACCAUGCAGUGGAUAAAUCAAAUAGAAUCAUUCCGGAUACGAAAUUGGGAGGUUAUGAGUUUUGGAAGUCUAUCGGAUCGCCUAAACAUGUGGUCGCUCCUAUGGUUGACCAAAGUGAAUUGGCAUUCCGAAUUUUGGCACAUAACCACGGAGCUCAUUUGGCCUAUACACCCAUGUUUCACAGUAGAGUUUUCAUGAAUGAUGAAACUUAUCGAACACUUCAUUUUCAAUUUUUAGAAAAUGAAGGACCAGUUUUUGCACAAUUUUGUGCCAAUGAUCCCGAUAUCUUUGUCGAAUGUGGAUGGUUGGCAUGGGAAAUGAGUAAUCACAAAAUUGCAGCCAUCGACUUGAAUUUGGGAUGUCCACAAAGAAUUGCUAAAAAGGGACGAUAUGGAUCAUACAUUAUGGAAAACUUUGAUUUAGUCUAUUCUCUCAUUAAUAUGGCUCAUAAGGAAUUACCAGUUCCAGUCACUGCCAAAAUUAGAAUUUUUGAAGAUGUCGAGCUUACUUUGAAAUAUGUUGACACAGUUGUUUCUGCAGGAGCACAAGUGUUGUGUGUACAUGGAAGAACACGAGACCAAAGAGGUCACAAUCAAAACUAUGCAGAUUGGAAUGUCAUUAAAUUGAUUCGAGAGCACGUUCCUCAAAUUCCUAUUAUUGCCAAUGGCAAUAUUCGAAUGUAUCAAGACGUACUUGAUUGUUUGGAAUAUACUGGAGUGGAUGCAGUCAUGAGUGCAGAACCCUUACUUUGCAAUCCAGCUCUUUUCAAUGGAGGCACACAUAUUUGUCCGAUUGAACUCUGUGACCAAUAUUUAGAUAUUUGUGAAAAGUAUCCAACUCCAGAACACAGCUUUGUGAAACGACAUAUUUUUCACAUGCUUGAUCGAGCAAUAGGAACUCAAAAUCAUUUGAGAGCCAUGCUUGGAAAAGCUCAUAGCAUGACACAAUACAGGAAUUUUGUGAAUUACUUGAAAGGCGUAAAAGAAACAAUCUGUUUAGAUCCUCCUCAGUAUGAACCUUCAAUCAUGGUCGUACGGGAUCCUGCCAAUCAUCCCAUUGAUAAAAAACCAAAAGGACGAGGUUGUAGAGAAGUUGAUCAAGAUGAAGAAGAUGUUUCCAAAACCUUAGAUCGAAUUGCUAAUACAUCAAGGUAG